GAGCCGUCAAUCCCGUCAGGGCUGCUCUGUCUGACGGUGAACAGCAGCAGGCAGGCUGGGGGCUCUGAAGAGGAACACUCCCCAAUUUCCCUGGCUCACUGUUCGCAGUUCGUUUCUGGGUUUGUGUUCCAGUUUCUGUCCUCCCUUGGUGUUUGGCUCUGCAUGACAAAUAGCAGCAGCCUGCCGUGAUGGGGUUCCUCUGAGCCCUCAGGAGCAUACUUAAGGCUUGGAUGGUGGUGCUGCUCAUCACAGACAAUGUGGCUGAUACUUCAGAGAAACCCGUCCUUUUCCCCUGUUCUCCAAGUGCCUGAGUUGGCUGCAGGCCGGGACCUUUGCCUCGUGCUCUGGGUUCUAAGCUUGGCCAUUGUACAGAUGGAUGGCCAGGUCUACUCCCCGACUGUCAACACGCACUAUGGGAAGUUACGAGGGGUCCGGGUUCCACUGCCUAGCGAGAUUCUGGGUCCUGUGGAUCAAUAUCUGGGGGUGCCUUAUGCAGCCCCUCCCACUGGGGAGAAGAGGUUCAUGCCCCCUGAGCCACCCUCCUCCUGGUCUGGAAUAAGGAAUGCUACCCACUUCUCACCGGUCUGCCCUCAGAACAUCCACAGUGCAGUCCCGGAAAUCAUGCUGCCCAUCUGGUUCACCUCCAAUCUGGAUAUAGUUGCCACGUACAUUCAGGAUCCCAAUGAGGAUUGCCUGUACCUCAACAUUUACAUUCCCACCGAGGAUGUAAAACGGAUUUCCAAGGAAUGCGCCCGAAAGCCCAACAAGAAAAUAUGUAGGAAAGGAGGAGCCAUCGCUAAGAAACAGGGCGAGGACUUAGCGGAUAAUGACGGGGAUGAAGAUGAAGACAUUCGCGACAGUGGGGCCAAGCCCGUGAUGGUUUAUAUCCAUGGCGGCUCCUACAUGGAGGGCACAGGGAACAUGAUUGAUGGGAGCAUCCUGGCCAGCUACGGCAACGUCAUCGUCAUCACCCUCAACUACCGCGUGGGUGUGCUAGGAUUCCUGAGCACCGGGGACCAGGCAGCCAAGGGGAACUAUGGGCUGCUGGAUCAAAUCCAGGCGCUGCGCUGGAUCAGUGAAAAUAUUGCCUUCUUCGGGGGGGACCCGCUGCGAAUCACUGUCUUUGGCUCCGGCAUCGGCGCCUCCUGCGUCAGUCUGCUCACUCUCUCCCACCACUCGGAAGGUCUCUUCCAAAGAGCCAUCAUCCAGAGCGGCUCUGCCCUCUCAAGCUGGGCAGUCAACUACCAGCCUGUGAAGUAUACCAGCCUGCUGGCCGACAAGGUGGGCUGCAAUGUGCUGGACACCGUGGACAUGGUGGAUUGUCUGCGACAGAAGAGUGCCAAGGAGCUGGUGGAGCAAGAUAUCCAGCCAGCCCGCUACCACGUGGCCUUUGGGCCCGUCAUCGAUGGAGAUGUCAUCCCGGAUGACCCUGAGAUCCUGAUGGAGCAGGGCGAGUUCCUGAACUAUGACAUCAUGCUGGGGGUGAACCAGGGUGAGGGGCUGAAGUUUGUGGAGGGCGUGGUGGAUCCUGAGGAUGGUGUCUCAGGCAGUGACUUUGACUACUCCGUCUCCAACUUUGUGGAUAACCUGUAUGGCUACCCAGAGGGGAAGGACACUUUGCGGGAGACCAUCAAGUUCAUGUACACAGACUGGGCAGACAGGGACAACCCCGAGACACGCCGCAAAACCCUGGUGGCCCUAUUCACUGACCACCAGUGGGUGGAGCCAUCAGUGGUGACGGCUGACCUGCAUGCCCGCUACGGGUCCCCAACCUACUUCUACGCCUUCUACCACCACUGCCAGAGCCUCAUGAAACCCGCAUGGUCUGAUGCAGCCCAUGGAGAUGAGGUGCCUUAUGUCUUCGGGAUCCCCAUGAUUGGCCCCACUGACCUUUUCCCUUGCAACUUCUCCAAGAAUGACGUCAUGCUCAGCGCUGUGGUGAUGACAUACUGGACCAACUUUGCCAAGACCGGGGACCCCAACAAGCCUGUCCCCCAGGACACCAAGUUCAUUCACACCAAGGCCAACCGUUUUGAGGAAGUGGCGUGGUCCAAGUACAACCCUCGCGACCAGCUGUACCUGCACAUUGGCCUGAAGCCGAGAGUGCGAGACCACUACCGAGCCACCAAGGUGGCCUUCUGGAAGCACCUGGUGCCCCACUUGUACAACCUGCACGACAUGUUCCACUAUACCUCGACCACCACCAAAGUGCCACCGCCAGACACCACGCAGAACUCACACAUCACCCGCCGGCCCAACGGCAAAAUCUGGACUACCAAGCGUCCAGCCAUCUCCCCAGCUUACAACAGCGAGAACCCCAGGGAGAAGUGGAGCCCGGAGCAGGAGGCUGGAACAUUGCUGAUCGAGAACCCCCGGGACUACUCAACCGAGCUGAGCGUCACCAUCGCUGUGGGCGCUUCCCUGCUCUUCCUCAACGUGUUGGCCUUCGCCGCACUCUACUACCGCAAGGACAAGCGCCGGCAGGACACACACCGCCAGCCCAGCCCCCAGCGCAGCACCCCCAACGACAUUGGCCACACGCCUGAGGAGGAGAUCCCCUCCCUGCAGAUGAACCAGGCCCAUCACGAAUGCGAGUCAGGGCAGGCACACGAUGCCCUGCGUCUCACCUCCUUGCCUGACUACACGCUGACCCUGCGCCGCUCCCCAGAUGACAUCCCUCUAAUGACCCCCAACACCAUUACCAUGAUCCCCAACUCCCUGGUGGGCCUGCAGACCCUGCACCCCUACAACACCUUUGCAGCAGGGUUCAACAGUACGGGGCUCCCGCACUCACACUCCACCACCAGGGUAUAGCUCCAGGGGCUGUGCCCACCCAUGCCCGCACACACCCACGCACACCGGGGACACAGGCUGGGGCUGCAGGAGCUGACGGAUGCAGACUGGGCAGCACACACAGACGGACCCACCCGGCAGGGCAGGGCGGAGCAGAGCCCCAGGGCCAGCAGGACCCCUGGUGCGAGACAGGUGGGCUGCUCGCCCCUCCGGCUCGCUCUUUCUUUUGUUGUUCUUAUUUUGUAAAGUGCUUUGACUCUCCAUGUGCAGAGAGGGCUGACGCCAGGGCAGCAAGGCCCAGCCAGAGCGGUGCAGGAGAACGGACAGAAGAGAAGGUGCAGAGAGCAUCAUGCAGCCCUGCAUGCUGCAUCCCACUGGAAACCCCCUUGCAGGACAGUGAGAAGGACCCGCCUGGGGAGGAGGUGAUGGCGUGCCUGCCCCCUGGCCUAUACAUGGCACUAGAGGACUCUGCACCCCUGGGGAGGUGGUGCCUCCCGGAGCCUUCUUCCCUACCGCCCAAGUACAUUGGGGACUGGCUAGGAUCUGUCCUUGGCAUUCUCUUUCCAUUGGAUCUGUGGGGUUGAUUGAAAUUUGCCAUUCAAAGUGCCAUGGAAAAAGCUCCAGCACUCUAUCAAAUUGUGGUGUGAAGCAGCUGCCUUGGACCACUGGCACUGGUGGGUGGGCUCUGUGCCCGGGUUGUUGCUGGGCAGAUGGACUCGGUGUCCAGCCCAGCCCUGGGGGGGGGUUCAGUGCCCGGUCUGGCACUGGGCAGAGGAGCUCGGUGCCCAGUCUGGCGCUGGGGUUUGGGCAGGGCUCGGUGCCCGGUCUGGUGCUGGGGGGGGUGGGGGUGAGGGCUUGGUGCUUGGUCUGGCACGGGGGGGAGGGCGAGGGCUCAGUGCCCAGUCUGGCAGGCCAACCCUAGCGUGGGGUCAACACCUCUGCUCCUCUUUCUGCAGAGAAUCUCUUUUGUGUCGGUCGUGUCUCUUUGCAGAGAUGUUUUUAAGCAGAUCUUUAGUUCUUUACACACUAACAGAGUUGCUGUGUUUUGUCCUUUGUAAAGAUUUUAAACCAGGUGUUCUUGAUAUAAAGUAAAAAAGCCAAUUAGAAUCUCAGCGUGUGCCACGCUGCUCCCAUCAGCCAGGCCCCCGCCCGCUGCCUUCCCAAGAGAGACCAUCUGUGCCAUGCCACCAAACCAGCAGCCUGGGCCGGCAGGGCACAUACCCGUGGGGCUGCCAUGCAGCCCUCUUUUCUAUUUUUGAUAUUUCCCCUCCCCAGUUGUUCAUGUCUGUGUACUUCAGCCAAAUAACGUGUGUGCUAUGGCCCAAGUCUGUGAUCGUCGUUCUGUGCUGCCAGCACUUCUCUGCCAACAGCCGUUGCCACCCGUCACACGCCUCGUCCCCAGCACACCACAUGGCCUAGGACCCCUACCCCUUCACUAAUACCCUGCUACACUGCCACCCUCACUACUAAAUCCUGCUAAUGCCCCUCCAUCCCAGUCAUCUGCUGGCUACCCCACUGCCCAGCUCCACCAACUCCUCCUCUGCCAACUCCCCUGCCCCAUCCCCUGCCAGCCCCCUCCCUGCCAUCCUCUGCCAACUCCCCCGCCCCUGUCCUCUGCCGGCCCCGCCCCGUCCCCUGUCAGCCCCCUCCCCAUCAUCCUCUGCCAGCUCCCCCACCCCCUGCCAGCCCCCCCACACCCAUCCUCUACCAGCUCCCCCACAUCCCUGACCCAGUCCUCUGUCAGCUCCCCCCACACACACCAGUCUUCUGCCAGCUCCCCCCCACCAUCCUCUGCCAUUCUUGAUGUUUUUCACCACUGCCAUUGCCAUAUCUUACUGCCCUCUGCCAUUCCCAUUGCUGCUCCCAUCCUUCGCCAGCCCUGUUGCCUGCCACGUUCUGCCUCUGUCCCUGCCUUGUGCUUCUGGCUCCACUCUGCACCUGUGGGAGCUGCUGUUGGUCAGUGCAGGGACACAGGGUCAGCCAGCUGCACAGGAGAGCCCUGGCUCACCCAACCUGGUGUGGAGAGGACUCAGCUCGUGCCAGGGGGAAGGGGCCACCUACUUGGGUAGUGCAGUGAAUGGUGGGGGGGGGUCACACAGUAUGUGGGGCUCAGGGUAAGUUUUAUUGACAUCUCAGCUCAGUCCUUGCUGGACACUUCUUUACCUCCCAGAAAGACCUCAAUAUUCUAGCAGUCACCACUCAGGAGUGGCCAGGUCUGUGGGGCAGGAUGGAGGGGCACUGUCAGGUCUGUGGGGGAGCCCAGGGCUGGGCUAGCAGGAACAUGUAGCACAGCUGGGUAAAGUUGGGGUGAUAUGAGUUUCUUCCAUUCUCAGCACUGGAGGACUCUGCAUGGGGCAGCACCAGGGGAGCAGCCCUUGAGCCCAAACACAGCUAUCGCCCUGGAGGGGGAGAGACCCAUGGCUGCGAUGAACCUGGGCUGUUGGACACAAGCUGCCCUUGGCCAUUCCCUCCAUGCGCCGGAGCACUGAACUGUACAUCAUGGCUGUGCCUGAGGAUACCCCCCUAGGGUGCCAUGGGGAGGAGGGCCCUGGCAGAGGCACCCUGAGGCAGCACCUGCCCACAUAUGAGCUGAUGCUGCAUGGCUCCAGGCAUCAGUGUCUGGACACAAGAGAGCUGGGGAGAGGGUGCAGGAGCGGGGCCCGAGCCAGUGAGAGGCCAGGGGCUAACCCACUCCCCCAGCAGCUCCGCAGAGCAGGCUCAGACUAAGGAUGGGGGGCUGCAGAUUCUGUGCCAAUGGCUAGGCCGCUCCUGCCUCCCCCUGCACGGCUGCUGGCUGACAUGGGCACACUUCGCUCGCUCCACAGGACCAAGCCAGAGCUGCGGCCAUGCGCCUCCCUCCCCCCGGGGACUGCCCCCGACCCUCCCACCACCCUUGGGCUCUGCUCCCUGCCCCUCCCCCACACAGCCUGACUCCCACCCCAGGGCUCUGCCACCUGAUCCCGCCCCCCCAGGGCCUGAGUCCUCUCCUCCCCCCAGGGCUCUGUGACCUGUUUCCUCCCCCCCAUGCCAAUUGGGUCAAAGGAGACCAGAGCCAGGCUAGGCCCAUUCUGAGAUGUUCGGCCAAGUGUGUGUUCCCCAUUUCAUGCCAUUGAGGGCAAUGUAGGGGAUCUCCCCAAAAACGGAGAGGGGCAGAGCAGGGCCUUGGGGCAGGGAGGGCAUGUGGGGGCAGAGCAGGACACCAGGGGAGAACCGGCGAUGUGGGGGUCUCGGGUAGGAGGGGGGCUGGGGACUGGGCAAAGCUGUGCUGAGUGCAGAAUGUAUUUAUACCAUCACCUGCGCAGAGUAACAAACUCCAAAUAAAACAAAUGCUAUUUUG